AUGGGGGUGGAAAAGUGCGCGACUCUGGAGGUCAGGAGGGGAAGAAUACAGGAAACAAGACAGACGACGCCGCUUAUGAAUCAGAUGACGAUCCCCAAUUUGAACAAACACGACUCCUACAAGUAUCUGGGAAUAAAUCAGGCGCUAGAAAUCCGAACCUCUGAGAUGAAGGAGCUCUUCAAACAAAAAUUAUAUAAAAGGGUGAGUCUCCUCCUCAAGUCAAAACUCAACUUUAAAUCUCUGUUCACGGCAAUUAACAUCUGGGCUGUGCCUAGCAUAACGUAUUCGUUCGGCGUUCUGACCUGGUCCGUGACUGAACUGCGGGAAAUUGACAGAGGCUUAAGGACUAUGCUCACAAGGUACGGAGUGCACCAUCCUCACUCUUCGACCAUCCGUCUUUACCUCCCACGCCAACAUGGAGGACGAGGGCUCCUUAACCUUGAGUCGGUUCAUGAGAGAGACAUCAUAUCGCUCAGAGCAUAUUUCCUCGGGGACAACUCACCUUUCUUUUCUGCCAUCCGUGAAGCCGAUGAUAGGCUUUCACCGCUGAGGUUGUCAGAGUCAUCACAUCAGGACACUAGACGUCCUCAGGAGGGGUUGAUAGAGGAGUGGAGGAGCAAGGCCUUGCACGGCAGAUACCCUGGUCUCCUGGAGAGUAGAGAUGUCAAUAAAGUGGAGUCUCUCACUUACCUGCGCGCGGGCUACCUUUUCCCCGAGACGGAGGGACGGCUCUUGGCGAUCCAGGAUCAGGUGAUGCAGACAAGGAUGUAUCUAAAGCACAUAGCUCAGCAAAACAUCCCCACCGACCGAUGCCGCAAAUGCUCUCAGAGACCGGAGUCGAUUCAGCAUCUUACCUCUUCGUGCCCGAUCCUGGCCCCAAAAGACUACCUUGGGAGACAUAAUUCAAUGGCGAAGAUUUACCAUCAGCAAAUGGCGCUAAAACUUGGGCUUAUCCAGGACGAACUCCAGCAGCACCUAUAUGUGCCAAAAGCACUUCUGCAGAACGCCACCUAUAAUAUGUACUGGGACGGCACGUUGGUAACAGACAGAGCAGUUGCCCAUAAUAGGCCAGACAUCACUCUAUUCGACAAGGUGAGGAAAACAUGUCUCUUGAUAGAAUUCACCAUACCCGCGGACGAUAACAUCACAAGGGCCUACUCGGAGAAGGUCACCAAGUACACAGAUCUGGCGUUCCAACUACGGAAAAUGUACGCUCUUGAGUCGGUCAGUGUCCUGCCUAUGAUCAUCUCGGUGAAUGGUAUGGUAGAGAGACACUUGAUUGAGAAUACCCAAAGACUCUGCCUGGAUAAGGACAUAAUCUCAGCUUCGCAAAAGCAGGAUAAUUCGGAAGGUUCUGCAAGGACCGUAGCAGCGGCCUCUGCCGUGACAAUCCGUCCGGCAGUUGCCGACUAUUUCCCGUAUUAUUUUCUUUUUUGUUCUUCAAUGGAUUGA